GUACGCCAGUACUGAGCAUCUUUACGAAGGUGACAUAAAAGGAUUUAGAAAUGUAUUUGUCAAGAUUCCUGUCACUUCAUGCCCUCUGGGUUACCGUAUCCUCUGUGAUGCAGCACUACCCUUCCGUGUGGGGACACUAUGAUGUGUGUAAGACUCAGAUUUACACAGAAGAAGGAAAAGUAUGGGAUUACAUGGCCUGCCAGCCGGAAGCCAGAGACAUGAUCAAAUACGUAAAAGUGACUCUGGAUCCCCCAGACAUAACAUGUGGAGAUCCUCCCGAGACUUUCUGUGCAAUGGGGAAUCCCUACAUGUGCAAUAAUGAAUGUGAUGCGAGCACCCAAGAACUGGCUCAUCCUCCGGAACUGAUGUUCGAUCUCGAAGGAAGACAUCCCUCCACGUUUUGGCAGUCCACAACUUGGAAAGAUUAUCCAAAGCCUCUUCAUGUUAAUAUUACGCUCUCCUGGAACAAAACCAUUGAGUUGACAGAUAACAUAGUUAUCACUUUUGAAUCUGGACGUCCAGACCAAAUGAUCCUGGAGAAAUCGCUGGACUAUGGACGAACAUGGCAGCCCUACCAAUACUAUGCCACGGACUGCUUAGAUGCUUUCCACAUGGAUCCAAAAUCAGUGAGGGAUUUAUCACAGCACACAGUCCUAGAAAUCAUUUGCACAGAGGAAUACUCUACUGGAUACAUGACAAAUAGUAAAAUAAUCCACUUUGAAAUCAAAGACAGAUUUGCUUUUUUUGCUGGACCUCGGCUUCAUAACAUGGCUUCUCUUUAUGGCCAGCUUGACACAACCAAGAAGUUAAGAGAUUUCUUUACCAUCACGGAUCUGAGGAUAAGACUGCUUAGGCCAGCAACUGGAGAAAUAUAUGUAGAUGAGCAACACCUGACACGCUACUUUUAUGCAAUUUCAGACAUAAGGGUAUACGGAAGGUGUAAGUGCAACCUUCAUGCUACUGGCUGUAAAGAAGAAAACAAAAGACUACUUUGUGAAUGUGAGCAUAACACAACUGGCCCAGACUGUGGAAAAUGCAAGAAGAAUUACCAGGGCCGACCGUGGAGCCCUGGUUCUUAUCUGCCUAUACCUAAAGGCACUGCUAAUAUCUGUAUACCCAGUAUUUCCAGUAUUGGUAAUCCUCCAAAGUUUGAUAGGAUAUGGCCGAAUAUUUCUUCCCUUGAGGUUUCUAAACCAAACCAAGUUGCUCCCAAAUUAGCUAUGUCAACUGUUUCUUCUGUUCAAGUUGCAAACCACAAGAGAGACUGUGAAUGCUUCGGGCACUCCAACCGGUGCAGUUACAUCGAGCUGCUCAAUACGGUCAUUUGCGUGAGCUGUAAGCACAACACUAGAGGUCAGCACUGUGAGUUAUGCAGGCUGGGCUACUUCAGAAAUGCUUCUGCAGAGCUGGACGAUGAAAAUGUGUGCAUAGACUGUUAUUGUAACCCUUUUGGUUCAGUCCAUGAUCGCUGUAAUGACAGAGGAUUUUGUGAGUGUAAGGAGGGAACAUCAGGGCCUAAAUGUGAUAAAUGUCUGCCGGGAUAUAUCUGGCACAGCUUGGGCUGUCAACCAAACGUAUGCGACAAUGAGCUACUGCAUUGCCAGAACGGAGGAACAUGCAUCAACAAUGUGCGAUGCCAGUGCCCUCCGGCUUACACUGGCAUUUUGUGCGAGAAGUUGAAGUGUGAAAGGGAUCCAGGAGGCUGCAGCCAAAACUCUGGCCAGGGGGCAAUAUCACAGGGGCCUCUCCUACUGCUGACUGCUCUACUAGGAGCCACUGGACUUUGCAUAUGCUAGACACCGUAUGGUUGAUGGCAUCACAUUCAGACUGCUGCAGAUGAACGUGCCACAUGAAAACAAAACAAAAUCCAAGCGUUUGCUACUGAAAUUUAAAAAGGAAAAAAGAGAGAAAAAAUAACCACAUACAAACUAAGAAGGCCUGACUGAACUAAGCCAUAUUAAUCCGUUACGGACAGGGCUCUGAGUCAAGACUGUUCACCUCUGACUCGAGACAAGUCGGCAGCUGCCUAUUCUGUCAAAUCAGUGCUGGCUGCAAAGCUCACACAGGACUGAAAUGGCUUUGACAGCCCCCAGAAUGGGAAGAGAAUUUAAAAAACAUUUGCUACUCCUAUACGGUGCGCUACUGUAUGCGUGGUGCACCCGGUGUGUGGACCGACCAAAUAAAGGCAUUCUUUGCUGUCAGUGCAUUGUGGGUAUAAGGAAAUCUGUAAAAGCUGCCAUAUUGGCCUGCUUCAGUCCCCAAAUCCUUUCCAACCUGUGCUUUAGUGAACGUUGCUCUGUAACCCUUGUUGGUUGAAAGAUUUCUUUGUCUGAUGUUAGUGAUGCACAUGUGUAACAGCCCCCUCAAUAAAAUUCAAACCAGUCAUAUCCUUGUAUACCUUAGCAGCACUGCAUCAGUAAGAUGCUGUGUUCACCUACUGUACAA